UAGAGGAACUUCAAUAGCUCCUCCUGUUAUGUUCUCAACCAUAAUUGACUUGGACUCGUCGAUCAUCACUAAUUGAAAAAGAGGAAAGUUUUAAGCUUUCAAAAUUUUUGAGGAUUAUACAAUGUUUGGAAAUUAUGGAAUGAAACAAGCCGAACAGUUGGAGCUGUCAGUCAACAUAGAGAGGUUUAGCAAGAUGUAAGGAUUACACAGAUCCUCCCUUCAACUCAUACCAGCCAAUACAUCGAAAGUCAAAGCUGGUUUUUUAAGAAAAAAGCAACAGUAGUUUACAAGAGCAUGAUUAUAAAACCUAGAAUGCAAGCUGUGAAAUGGAGGUUGAACAGGUAGGAUGGAUAUGACAGAUAGCAAGGGAAAGAGCAGGAUCCUGAUUAUAGGAGCGACUGGUCACAUUGGUCGUCAUGUGGCCAAGGCCAGUGUUGUCCUGGGUCACCCCACAUUCACCCUCGUUAGAAGAACUCAACAAUCCCCAAAUCCAGCCAGAGAGGAGCUUAUUCAAUCUUUCAAGUCCAUGGGUAUUACAGUCAUUUAUGGAUCCCUCCAAGAUGAAGAGAGUAGCCUUGUGGAAAUAAUAAAGAAGGUGGAUGUCGUUAUCUCCACUGUAAAUGCCCUAAGCUUGGCAGAACAGUUCAACUUGCUCAAUGCCAUCAAAACUGCCGGAAACAUCAAGAGAUUUUUCCCAUCAGAAUUUGGUAACGACUGUGACAAGGCCCAUCCGGUGGAGCCCGUGAAAACAUUCAUGGAGAGAAAAGCAAAACCGCGUCGAAUGAUAGAAAGCGAAGGCAUUCCUUACACAUAUGUUUCAUCCUUCGCCUUUGCAGCCUAUUAUAUACCCAACUGUUUUAAGAAGGGCUAUUUCAUCCCUGAUAAGGGUGGGAAUCAAGGUCUUCCUCCUCUUCCACCAGAUACCAUGUUAGUCCCUGGAGAUGGUAAAGCCAAAGCUGUGUUUGUGAUGGAGGAGGACAUCGCAACAUAUACAAUAAAGGCUGUGGAUGAUCCCCGGACACUGAACAAAACCCUGCAUCUACGCCCUCCUGCAAACAUAGUCUCAUACAAUGAGCUCAUAGGGUUGUGGGAGAAGCAAACUGGAAAAACAUUACAAAAGAUCUACAUACCAGAACAGCAAUAUCUCCAAAAAAUUGCAGAGGCACCAUUUCCUGGAAACAUUGGACUGGCUUUUGGGCAUACCAUAUUAUUAAAGGGAGACCAGACCAAUUUUGAGAUUGGAGGUCAAGACCUGGAGGGCUGUCAGCUGUACCCUGAAGUUGCUUACACUAAAUUAAUUGACUUUGUUACUAAAGUCAAGUGAAUUUUUUUUGUUUUUGUAACUUAAGAUUCUGAUGUGCUAUUUCAAGAAAUAAGGUUUUGAAAUAAGUUACACUCUGGUGUGCUCAAAUUGAAGAAUUUGAGAAUUCCAACUGAAAUAAGGUUUUGAGGUCGUUCCUUGUUUUUGGUAUCAGUUAGUCUCCUCCUAGAAGGGUGGGUAUUAGUCUGAAACAAGCGUUCAUUGGAUUGGAUUUCUAGUGUUAUUUUCUGUUGCAACAAGACAAACUCCUGUAAGGCCCACAAAAAUAACACAAGCAAUCUGUUUCAAAUAUUUAUUACUGAAAGAAUUGAAACAAGCAAUUAGGAAAGAAACUAAAACUCACAUCUACCUGUGGAUUGUAAAUUUGAAAUUCUUAACCCUCACAAGUUAUUAUGAAAUUCAUAAUCCACCCAAAUUAAAUUCGCAAAUAAGAGCCAGGAUAUGGUUAAAAACAUUCCACAUCUUUUACUAUUAUGUCCAAUUCUUGGAUGCAAAUUGUUGUUGUAAUUUCCUAUUGUUUCUUAUCUAAUUAUUCACUCUUUACAGAUGCAUUUGGCUCUGUAAAUGUUUACCGCCGUCCAAGUGAGUAAGGAGAGGAGCAAAAAAUGCAACCAAAACAUCAAUACCAAGAGAUUGGAACAAAUAUAUUCCACAAAGUCAUCCUAAAAAAUGGGGGCAUACAACCAAGCACCCUCAUGUGAUGGAUCAAUCUUCUCACCACAUCAACAAUGUAAUGACACAACUGAUAGGGAGGAGUUUUAAAUUGUGCAGUUUUGUCAUUGUUCAGUGUUCUACUUGAGCCACGUAAUGGAAACAAUCCAACUUAGAGCAUAUGCGGAUAUCAAAUUAAGCAUAAA